AUGGGUUGCGUUUUGGGCACGGAGGCCGCCGGAGAUCGCCGAAGAUCCGUCGGAGCUGGGCACCGUCGCCGGAGUAUCGAGGCGCCCUCCGGAGUGGAGGCUGUCAGGGAUGAUAGGAAGGAGGCGGUAGCGAGGCAGAGGGAGAAUCACACCGGCGACUUUCCGGCGAUCGAGCGCCGGAAACCUUUCUCGGCGAACCAGCAGGGUUGGCCUUCGUGGCUCUUGGCCGUCGCCGGCGACGCGAUCCAGGGUUGGACCCCUCGUCGCGCCAACACUUUCGAGAAGCUCGCUAAGAUUGGGCAAGGGACUUAUAGCAAUGUAUAUAAAGCAAGAGACUUGGUUACUGGGAAAAUUGUGGCUUUAAAGAAGGUUAGGUUUGAUAAUUUGGAGCCAGAGAGUGUGAAAUUCAUGGCCAGAGAGAUCAAUGUGCUGCGAAAGCUUGACCAUCCCAAUGUUAUUAAACUUGAAGGCUUGGUCACUUCAAGAAUGUCUUGCAGCCUCUACUUGGUUUUCGAGUACAUGGAGCACGAUCUCUCUGGCCUUGCCGCUUCCUCGGGGGUCAAGUUCACUGAGCCUCAGGUCAAGUGCUAUAUGAAACAGCUGCUAUCUGGCCUUGAGCAUUGCCACAACCAUGGUGUCUUGCACCGUGAUAUCAAGGGCUCCAAUCUGUUAAUUGACAAUGAAGGCAUUUUAAAAAUAGCUGAUUUUGGACUGGCUACAUUUUUUGAUCCUGAGCAGAAGCAACACAUGACUAGUCGAGUUGUCACUCUCUGGUACCGCCCACCUGAACUUCUUCUUGGGGCCACUUUCUACGGAGUUGGUGUUGACCUUUGGAGCGCUGGCUGCAUUUUGGCAGAGUUACUUUCUGGGAAGCCUAUUAUGCCAGGACGGACAGAGGUUGAGCAGCUGCACAAGAUAUUUAAGUUAUGUGGCUCCCCAUCUGAGGAAUAUUGGAAAAAAUAUAAAUUGCCAAAUGCAACACUUUUUAAGCCACAGCAGCCAUAUAAGCGUUGUGUAGCAGAAACAUUCAAGGAUUUCCCAGCUUCUUCACUACCUUUGAUCGAAUCUCUUCUAUCAGUAGAUUCUGAUGGACGAGGCACUGCCACCACUGCUCUCAAUAGCGAAUUCUUCACUAUGGAGCCUUUUGCUUGUGAGCCAUCAAGUUUACCAAAAUAUCCUCCCACCAAAGAAAUGGAUGUAAAGUUACGAGAUGAAGAAGCUAGAAGGCAAAGAGGUCUAAGUGGGAAACCUAAUGCUGCUGAAGGUCCCAGAAGAGUUAAAGCUCGUGAACGAGUCGGUCGGGCGAUUCCAGCUCCAGAAGCUAAUGCAGAGAUUCCAGGAAACUUAGAUAGGUGGAGAGUGAUGACACAAGCAAAUGCCAAGAGCAAGAGUGAGAAAUUCCCACCCCCGCAUCAGGAUGGAGCUGUUGGAUACCCACAAGAUACAUCACAUAAAGGCCCAGUAUCAUUUGUCACAACAACUGAUGCUUCAUUUGGAUCAGUGAUCUUUAACACAAAAUCUUCUACAUCUGCUAAAAGCAUGGGAGCGAUUGGGGGGCCUUCGAGGAGGAGGAAAACCAAUAGAGACGACCCCCGCAUAGCUCCAUCUCGGAAGUUGAUCCAGGCAUUCAAGCCUUCCUCAAUAGGGCUCUCGAUGAAUUUAUUAUUUAAUGGUAAAUAA